GGCAGGUCCAGACUCCCCCUCCUUUCCUCGCCUCCUCCAUCCUCAUCCGCGACACCACCUCCGCUGGAGCAGGGAGGCGGAGGGAGGGAGGCCAGAGAUCCGUCAGUCGUUCCUCCUCAGUCCUCAGUCCAGGAGCUGAACUGAACCGUCUGCGGAGGAUUUUUACCUUCGUGCGUAAAAGCGCUGUGCGUCUUGUGCGCGCGGAUGGCACAGAGGACGCAGUAGUUGUCGGUGUCGGCGGUUCACGCUGGACAGUUGUAGCUCAACUGGACACAAUCUGAACCGGGUGACCAAACUCUUUGUUGCACGUAAACACGCACACUGUCCACAGUGGACCGUGGAGAGACUUUAACCGUCGCGGAUUUAUUUCGGCGUACUUUACGCGUCUUCUCGCUUUGGACCGAGCUGUUAGAGGAGGAGUGUAGAGGUUCGGCUCUGUGCUGCCGAAUCUCAUCUCAUGAUGGGACACGACAGCUGCCAUCUGCCGCGAGGAUGAGCUACAGAAGCAGCCCGGUGAGGGCGUACGACUUUCUGCUCAAGUUCCUGCUGGUGGGGGACAGCGACGUCGGGAAGGGCGAGAUCCUGGCGAGCCUGCAGGACGGAGCCACAGAGUCCCCGUACGGAUACAACAUGGGAAUCGACUAUAAGACGACCACCAUCCUUCUGGACGGGAGGAGAGUCAAGCUGCAGCUCUGGGACACCUCUGGUCAGGGACGAUUCUGCACGAUUUUCAGAUCCUAUUCCAGAGGAGCCCAGGGAGUUAUUCUGGUCUACGACAUCACCAACCGCUGGUCCUUCGAUGGAAUCGACAGGUGGAUCAAAGAGAUCGACGAGGUCAGUGAUGAAUCAGUCUCUUCCACAGACUUUGGACGGAGGCACCAUAACGUCCCCCGUUGGUUUGAGGACUAUUGUUUUGAAGCCUUGAGUUUCGCAUUUUGUUUGUUUGGCCAUCUUUUAAACCGGACAUGGGAGGGUGGAGCUAGCUAGCUUAGUUAGCAAGGUGCAUCUGUAAUUCAUGUUAAGACUUGA